UCUCUUAUUAAAAGGAAUGGCCAUUUGAGUUCGGAAAAUCUCCGCGCUUCGGCAGAGGCAGCUGUAGCCGACCAAUUACCUCCCGGAGCACAUCCCGUGGACCUGCGCAGUGCUACCACAACACCACCUAUUGAGAGUCCCAAAAACCUGCUGCAGCACCUCCUCGAGAGUCCUUUACCCUCACCUUCGCCACCGCCUGCAGUUAGUGGCAAAGACAGUCGUCCAUCCAUCACUCCCUCUUCCACCCCAUCCCACCACCGCCAACAACACUUGCAGGUGCCUGUGGACGGAACCCGCAUGAUCCGACUUUCACCGACGGUGAUUUUGCGCCAGACUGAAGCGGAGCAAGGCCCAGAAGAAGUGAUAUCUGAGGAUGAAAAAAAAGAAGAGGAGGCAGAGCAACCACAAAAUCAGUCUACUGAUGAAACUUCUACUGUAGAACAUGCAACAACCUCUAGAGAGCCUCAGAUUCCACAGAACGAAGGUGAUUAG